CACACACACACCACUGUUUAGGAUGAUGCAAGGCACCAUUGUUUUGCCAUUUAAUGCAGUUUACAAACAAUUCUACGGCUAACCUUUGUGUCUUUACUCCUUUUUGGAGCCUCUUGCUCUUUUCUGCCACAGUUUCUUGUGAUGUCAUCGCACUCUUCAGUUACAUUUACCUCCAACAAGGAGGUUAUGUUUUGGUGAUUAAUCUGGAUCUGAUUCUCCUCUUGAGGGUUCAGCUUCUGUUACUGGGCCUUGGCGAAAGUUUGUGCUCACCGAUUGCUGUCUUGUUUCUUAAAUGGAAGCCACCCUCCGAUAGAGAGGUUACAGGUUUUAGUUGUGAAAGAAAUAGAAGCCAUGGUAGAGCAAGCGGUGUGCAUGUCCUGAAUUAAUUGUAUGAAAAAAAAUUAGAAAGAGCAUUGUUGAUUGUCAGACAGUAUCUUGAGAAGCAUGACAUGACCAGAUUAUGAGAAUAGAAAUCAACAAAAUUGUUGUGAUAGUUGAUGAGUCAUUGAGAAGUAGACAGCAGUAUUCAGUGUGUACUCAAGUAUAAUCAGCCAGAAGUGUUGACAUUGUCACAUUUUUAGAGUACUGUGCAAUCAAGUCGUUGACCUAAUUUAUUAAUAUUUCUAGUUACAUUGUUUAGUAGGUAGCUGAUAGUUGUGACAACUAAUUUAAAGUGUGACACCAUUUCAGAGCACAUAUUUUUGAGUGCAUAGUCAAUAAAUAGAUGAGUGGUAAAAGGAACCCAAGUACAUGUGUACAAGCAUCAAGAAAAUUGUUUGGAUAUGUGAUAAUUGACUUGUGCUAUUUAUAUUGAUUUCAGCAAGCAACCAAAUCGUAUGACAUUUAAUUGUCCGUAUUGUGAGAAACGUAGACUUGACUGUGGAGGGCUGCUUGCACAUCUAAACGAGAAGCAUGCCACAGAAAGAACAGCAGCUGUGUGUCCAGUGUGCGCAGCUAUGCCUUGGGGAAACGCACACCAGAAGAGUAGCAACUUAAUCAAACAUUUUAACCUUAGACACAAGUUUGAAUAUGACACUUAUGUGGAAUUUGAACGAGAUGAAGGAGAAAGUUUGAGAGCAGCUAUCGCCAAAUCCUUGGAAGAUCAGUAGACAUGUCUUGCUAGUAACAGAUACUGUGCAUCUCCUUCCAAUGUUAAACCCCUGAGUGAAGAAGGCACCUUUAUUCGCUAAGCCACACAGUUGGUUAAAUUUAUUUUAGAGAGGAGUAUAAUAGUGUCAAGUCUUGUUAAAUAGCAAUAUUAUUAAAAUAGAAUGAAAAAUUUGAGAACACCAUAUGAACUGAAUAAUGUAUUUAAACGAAUGCAGAUAAUGAAGAC